AUGCCCCAUUUCAUCCCUUACUCAUUAGGUAAAAUGACUUCAUAUAGUUCGAUCUUUUUGAUCAAGUCGAAUCCUGUGAAUUCAUAUAUUGCCUUUGUUGCGCAAGAAAUCCUCUAUAUUUGUGAUUCUUCGAAAUAUGAAUGUCCAGAAAUCGCCAGAUAUGCAAGAAGCGAAGAUUCUUUACGCGCAUAUGGACCAAACUAUUGGUUUCAGUGGCUAGACAAAACGACUUUUGUAUGGGGAUCAUGUAAUGGCGCAGUUUUCGUAUCUAAUUUCGAUGAUAACAUGAAAAUAGAAGAACCUAAAGUACACGAUUUGAACAUGCCGAUUACAGCAACCUUUUCUGCUUUUGGAUAUCUUGCAAUUUGUCAAUCAAAUUCAACGAUUUUAUUUUAUGAUCGCGAUAUCAAACAAAUAUCAUCAUUAGAUUUCGAAAAAGGAAUUGCACGAUUCAAAUGCGUUAAAUUUAUCUACCCACGCACUCUUACAGCGAUUUUUUCUGGAUCUCCUUUCGUAGCCUUUCUUGAUGAGAACGCAAUUCUACACAAAUCACCAUUUUUGUUCAAAUUCGAAGACGAAAAGCAUGCUGUUUUAACUAGUUUUUGCGCUUACAAAAAUAUUCUUGCAUAUUCAGUCGAAAACAACUCUGUUUUCGUUAAACAACUCAACGAUCCAUCAUCAAAAGCCGUAAAAGUACUCGAACCAACUCCUGUUAGAGUUGUUAAGCUUGAAUGGUCAAGAAAUGGCUCUACACUGUUUAUUAUGUUAAGCAACAGCACGAUAAUGUUAUAUAUCUCGAAUACAGGUAAUGUAUGUACAGUUCGUUGUAAAGAAAUUGAAGGAAUCAUGGAUGCAGAAUUUGAUUCAUUAUAUCAACAGAUUUUUUAUACAAAAUUCGAUGGAACAGGAGUCAUAUACAUCGGAGAAACAAAUAACACUGUUUUGUUCACUCCUGACCAAGUUUUCUCGUUAUAUCAACAAAAAACUCUUGCAACAAUCCAGGAAUUGCCAAAAGAGAUCUUUCCGAUACGUUUCGGAAUUACUCUUUUAGAUCAGUACUUCGUAAUUGCAAAUUCCAAUGGUUUUAUCUUUAUAAAUAAUAAAACUAAUACAAUUUCAAAAUUCAACGCUAUUCCUGUCAAAAACAUCGGCUUUAUUGGUAGAUACAUCGUUGUUUUCACCCAGCGCCACGAUGAUUGGUACGAAGCUUCAGUUUUUGAUUUUAAUUGCGAACAAGUCACAGAUUUUCAGAUAAACCAUAUCCCACUUUACAUAUCAACAAGAAAAGAUUACAUGAUUGUCGGUUGCCAAGAAUUUGCAACUGAUAUCAAAAUUACUGAUUCAGAAACGCCAAUUAAACUUGGAGAUCGUUAUUUAUCGCUUGAGAAACAUCAGAUUCCUCCAAAUACAACGAAUUGUCUCUUAACCGGAGAAAAUCAAGUUGUUAUAACUAAUAACAAGAAGGAAUCUUCAUUUUUGACAGGCCAACCGAUCAAACAAGGUGUCAGAUACUGUUGGAAUAACUCAUGUCCCGAUAUUACUAUUAUUCAGCGUUCGAAGAAUUUCAUCAUGAUUUACAAAGGAAAAUGCUUCAAAUUCCCCGGCGCCCUCUUUUACAAUGAUUGCGCAAGAACAUUCUUCCUUCCUUCGAUCUGGGACCUCGGAAAACUUCAACCAAUAUUUAGAUACUUCACCUCUUACUUUAUGAUUGAAAUGAGCCAUGACCCAACUAUAUUCCGCCAAUUUGCCGAUUUUUACCGCGGUAUGCUUUGCCUUCCCGACGUUUUUUCACAUACAAUUUUAUUAUCUUUUGUAAAAGAGAACGUCAGUGAGAUUUGCGCGAAGAUCCUUGAUGUCCUGACUGAUAAAGAGAUUUCUGACGUGAUAUUGGCCACCUGGAGAAAGUUGAAACUCACAGAUAAAUUUGAAUUUGCCAAAAACAGAGUUAUUCCAUGGAGAAGAGCAUUUAAAGAAUAUACAGCACCUACUAAGAGGGAUAUUGUCGUUGCUGUCCAUCCAAAUGAUUUGAAACACUUUUUAGAAGAUAUUUCGCCAAUUGAAAAUGUCCAAGACUUGAUAUCCGAAAUUAUUGACCUCGGAGCCCUUAUCCCGGCAUAUUUCGUCGCUGCACAAGAAAAAAUUGAGCUUUUAAUAAAAUCCGAAAUUGAUACUGCAAAAAUUGCAAGAUUUAUAGGUAUUGACAAAAGCAGAUACUCUCCGGAAGAUUUCAACACCUGUCUUGAUGAAUUGGAGAAGAUUGCUGCAAAAUCUCAAAAUAUUAAGCUACUUUAUGCGGUUUGCAUCAAUAAAGACCGCAGCAAGGCAGAGGAAAUAGAAAAGAGUCAUCCAGAACUUCAUGAAGACUUUCAGAAGGCAAAGGAAUCCGUAAUCGGAAAGAAUUAA